GCUUUUGUCAAUAGUAUACGUCAUUAAAUUUGGAUAUAUUGAUUUGGCAGUAUGACAAGUCAAUUGUAAUUGACAAUUAAUCAGCUUUUUGACCUUAUCAAGGCUAAAUUUUCAUAUCGUUGCCACUGUUUUUUCCAAUCAACCAGAUAAGACCAACCAAAAAAAAAUUGGCAGAUAAUUGUACACAUACAUUUCCUAGUGAUUAUAUAUAAAUGAUAUUUCGAUUGUCAUUUGAAAACUACACCCAUUUUUAUAUAACAAAUUUUUUUCAUCUUUCAAUCAAUCCUUUCAAUUAAUCAACGAUGGCCAGCCAAACUUUACAAAAGAUUUUCAAACACAUUGACGACAAUGCCGAUUCAUAUAUUCAACGAUUGUCCGAAGCUGUUGCAAUCAAAAGUGUUUCUUGUUCUUAUGAAUUACGAAAUGAAACUAUUGAAAUGGUCAAAUGGAUGGAAAAACUAUUAAAACAAGAAGGUGUUAAAACUGAACUGGCUGAUAUUGGUGAACAAACAUUUCCUGAUGGUCGUAAAGCUCCAUUGCCACCGGUUUUGUUAGGAGAACUUGGCAAUGAUUCAAAGAAGAAAACAUUAUGUAUCUAUGGACAUUUGGAUGUUCAACCUGCUGCUAAAUCAGAUGGUUGGGAUAGUGAACCAUUUGUCUUGACUGAAAAAAAUGGAAAACUUUAUGGCCGCGGUUCAUCCGAUGAUAAAGGCCCGGUGCUUGGCUGGCUUCAUGCUAUUCAAGCUUUUAAAGCCAACAAUACCGAGUUGCCAGUAAAUUUGAAGUUUGUUUUCGAAGGUAUGGAAGAAUCCGGUUCGGAAGGUCUGGAUGAGCUUUUGCUUAGCCGUAAGGAUAGCUUUUUUAAGGAUGUGGAUUACGUUUGUAUAAGUGACAAUUACUGGCUUGGAACAAAAAAGCCCUGUCUUACCUAUGGACUUCGUGGAUUGGCUUAUUUUUACAUUGAAAUCGAAUGUGCAGCUAAAGAUUUACAUUCUGGCGUAUAUGGAGGUUCUGUCCACGAAGCUAUGACUGAUUUAGUACAUUUAUUUUCACGUCUUGUCGACAGCAAAGGAAAUAUAAUGAUUACCGGUAUCAUGGAUGAUGUGAAACCACUGACCAGUGAAGAGGAAAAAUUGUAUCACGCCAUUGAUUUUUGUGCUAACGAUUUUUGUGCAGAUGUUGGAUGCGAUCGUUUGAUCCAUGACAACAAGAUUAAGACGUUGACUCAUCGAUGGCGAUAUCCAUCACUUUCGAUUCAUGGAAUUGAAGGUGCAUUUUCGGACUCUGGAUCGAAAACUGUUAUCCCUAAGAAGGUGAAUGGGAAAUUUUCCAUUCGAUUGGUACCCAAUCAAGACCCGAAAAAAAUUGAAAAAAUUGUUGUUGAUUAUUUGAGUGCUGAAUUUCAAAAAUUGAAUAGUCCAAACAAAUUCCGCGCUUUCAUGGUCAAUGGAGGCCGUCCUUGGGUAUCCAGUCCAGAUAGUCCCAAUUUUACCGCAGGAAGAUUGGCAACAAAACAUGUGUACGGAGUUGAACCGGAUAUGACCCGUGAAGGAGGAUCGAUUCCAGUUACAUUAACUUUCCAAGAGAUCACCAAUAAAAGCGUUAUGUUAUUGCCGAUGGGAGCCGCUGAUGAUGGUGCUCAUUCGCAAAACGAAAAAAUCGAUCGUCGUAAUUACAUUGAAGGCACCAAAUUGUUGGCUGCUUAUAUUCAUGAGAUCGCAAAUGUUUGAUAUAUUUUGAUAUUUGAUAAUUUUUGUCGCUUAAUUUUGGCGUACAAUUGAUUUUAAUAAGUAAUUUCAUUAAAAACUUGCUUCCAAAGACGUGUUUUGUUUA